GGGUGGGCGUGGCCGGGUGAUGUGGCUGGUGGCCGAUUGAGGAAGAGCUGCUGCGGCGGAGAGGCGCCCCUCCUUCCCUCCCUCGCUGCUCGCCUCCCUCCCUCCUUCCCCGGUUCUCUCUGGAGCAAAGCAGGCGCCGGCGCUGCGCUUCCAACAUCCGUCUGUCGAGGCGGCGGAGAGGCGAGGGCGCGGCCCGCACGGCAUCGGGAGCGAGAUGGCCUCAGCAAACGAUACCCGGCAAGCGCCCAAGGAUGCUGCUGACCAGAACUUUGACUAUAUGUUCAAGUUGCUAAUCAUCGGCAACAGCAGUGUGGGCAAGACUUCGUUCCUCUUCCGGUAUGCGGACGACUCCUUCACAUCAGCCUUUGUUAGCACUGUGGGCAUCGACUUCAAGGUCAAGACAGUCUACAGGAAUGAGAAAAGAGUCAAGCUGCAGAUUUGGGACACAGCUGGCCAAGAGCGAUAUCGGACUAUAACAACGGCCUAUUACAGAGGAGCAAUGGGCUUCUUGCUCAUGUAUGAUAUUUCCAAUCAGGAGUCCUUCAGUGCUGUACAAGACUGGGCAACUCAGAUCAAGACUUACUCCUGGGACAAUGCUCAAGUGAUCCUAGUUGGGAACAAGUGUGACCUGGAGGAUGACAGAAUUGUACCCACUGAAGAUGGGAAGAGGCUGGCUGAUGAGCUAGGUUUUGAAUUCUUUGAGGCCAGUGCUAAGGAUAACAUCAACGUCAAGCAGGUCUUUGAGCGCUUGGUGGAUAUCAUCUGUGAAAAGAUGAAUGAAAGCCUGGAUCCUAGCCCUGGCACAACCAGCAACAACCAUAAAAAUACGGCACUGAAUGAGACUCCAGCAGCACAGUCCAACAGUUGUUCUUGCUAAAUGGGACAUUGCUCACCUUCUUGGACCUUACAGGUCACUCCCCAUUGCCCCAUCUAAAUAGGGAGAAAGGCUCAGCAGUUGCCCGUCUCUUCAUCCAAAUGCUAGUUGGCUGAUUUGCCCAGUUUGCCUCUGGUUAUGCCUGUUUGGCCCUUGACAGCAUGUGCCAGUUGCCUGGUGCCCCCUUUCUUCCCCAUGUAGCAUGAUCAACAUUUUCUAGCCGAUGAGCAUGAUUUCUUUGACACACUUGCACUCACAAUCUGUUCUCCAGUCUAAUGAUUUGUUUUGCAGUCCAGGUGAUUUAAAGCCAGCUCUGGGCCAGUGAAGAUCUUUCUCUCAGCUUCCUCACAGGGCUCCUGUGGAACUGCAACCAUGUGCAGUGCCAAUUGUCUGGCUUUUUUACUGGAUAGCUCAGUGACUGGAAGGCUGGCACUUCAUUUUGCCAGCUGCUGCCUUCUAUGAGCUUCUCCACUGUUUAAAGAUAAUAAAUCCCAGUGGCAGUUUGAUCAUGGGUAUUCUUAUUUUCUACCUCUUAGAGAACAGGGUGGUUGUGAGCAAAAUGCACUGGUGAUGGACAGACAGAAAGGCCUGAUCUCUUUAGAAUGGGAUACAAUAGGAUGGAUGCUGCUCUCUCCGAAAACACUGGCUUCACCUUUCAUACCUAUAUCUAUAAGGGGUUAGACUGGCAAGUGAGAUAGCAAAGCACUAUACUUCCUCUCCAUGAUAUGAUAUGAGAGGUUACUCAUUAACCACCUGACCCAUCUGAUUUUCUUUUCCGGACGUUACCACUAUGACUUGAGCUCUCAACCAGUGAAGCCAGAGUUGGCUCAAGGAUAUUUUUUAUUAUCAGUGACAACAGCAUCAUUGCCAUCUUCCUUCAGACUUUCUGAUUCCCUCUAAGUUUAGCUGCAAUCCUCAAUGUAGUUGGGGAUGUUGGAUUUUUCCAGCAACAAUAUAUUGCUGUGAGCUACCCCCCAUCAUAAUAUGAAGUGCAUUUAGGUGGCAUUGACUUGAGUAGGCAGUGAACACCUAGGAAUUUUACAAAAGAUUUGCUCCUGAAAUUAGUUUGUUCAUAGCUGUUAUUUUUUUGACUCGUUUAGAGGGUCAUGAGCUAUGGGGAAUCUCUUGAAGAGAGCUGGGCUUUCAAAAUUCACCAUUACACUACUGAUUCCAGCCUAUAGCAGUUGUGUUAAUGUGAUGCAUGUAAAGUUGAUUGAUGUAUGUAAAGUUGAUUGAUAAUUUCUGAGUAGCAUGAUUGUAGGCUUUGGGCUUGUCUUCAGUUGGCCUCCCUAGGACUAUGAAGGUUUAGGUCAGUGGUUCUUAACCUGGGGUCCCCAGAUGUUUUUUGGCUUUCAACUCCCAGAAAUCCUAACAGUUGGUUAACUGGCUGGGAUUUCUGGGAGUUGUAGGCCAAAAACAUCUGGGGACCCCAGGUUGAGAACCACUGGUUUAUGGAAUCUUGAAACACAUGACCUCUCUUGGAACCUCUUCUCGAAAUGUCUUAAUGGAAGUGUUAGAUGUAUUUUGUUGCUCAUUCACAAAACUUUUGUCCCUAAAAUUUGUCAUGGAGUCUUAAUAUUAAAAACUUGUUUUCUAUUCCUUCA